AUGAAUGUUGAAAUCUGCUUCAAGCACAAUCCGUUGUAUUAAAAAUCUUUGAAUGUCACUCCACAUGUGUGAUUUUUUUUUGUGUUGUUCAGCAGUGACGUCCUUUUGUUCCUGUACAGCAGGAUGUGGUCAACAAACCUGACAAAGAGGAAGAUUCAUAAGUUUGACACACGAUGGAGUUCACAUCGCUCUGCCUGAUGCUCUCCACGCUGAGCGUCUCCCCUCAGAGAUCUCAGUUCUUCACAUACGACACGAUUUCUCUGACCUGUGAUGUGCCAGCAAACUCCAGCGGCUGGUCGGUGAGGAGAAACACGACACAUCAGACGUCUGAGGUUUGCAUGUAUGGCUGGGGGAUCCCAGCCGAGUCCUCCUGCACCAUUGAGGACGCCUACCCAUCAGACACCGGGGUGUACUGGUGUGAGUCACCUCAGGGCGGGUGCAGCAAACCCGUCAGCAUCACAGUGACAGCUGACACGGUGAUCCUGGAGAGCCCCGCACUUCCUGUGACCGAGGGAGACGCGGUGACACUUCGCUGCUCCUACAAGGAAAAACGAGAUCCUAAAUCCACUUCAGACUUCAAUGCUGCCUUCUACAAAGAUGGCGCUUUCAUCGGCACCGAGCCUGCGGGGAGGAUGACCCUCCCAGCCGUGUCCCGGCGUGAUGAAGGCCUCUACAUGUGCGAACACCCCGAACAUGGAAAAUCACAGAAGAGUCGGCUGUCCGUUAAAGACAGAGAUCAGGGUGUUCCUACUCCUCCUCCUCCUCCUCCUACUCCUCCUCCUCCCUUCAUGACCCUGCAAAGGCUGCUGUGCACCAUCCUGCUCUUCAUCAUCUACACCGUCAUCUUCAUAGUGUGUGUGUACCUGUACCGAAGGUGGGCUCGAGCUCAAGCUGAAGAGAAGAGGAGGGAAUCUGAUCAUCUCAUGCCGCAGUGACGAAGACAAAGAGGAAGACGCAGCAGAUUGUUUGGAUGCUGACCUGUAAAUAAGAAAAUGUUUUUAAAGCUGUUGAUGCCUGUUCACUGCUGCAUCUGACGAGCUUCAUGCUCGAUAAAAAUGAUAUAAGCUUGUGUCUGAUGAACUUUUUGGACCUGAUGUUCAGAGACAUGAAUCAACAUGGCUGCCUUAUCGUUCAUGGCUUUACUCUGCGCACGUUCUCCACUCGGAGGACGGUUUGUAACAACACAAGGUGUGUGUGGACGUGUGAGUGUGUGAGCCAAGUGCUGUGGCACCUGUCGAACCUCACGGUGGCGCCAGAGAGCCAACUCUCUGGCACCUGAAUGAGCUGCCAAUCAGGUUUGAUGAUGGUGUUUUCAGUAUUUUUCUUUAUUAAUGAACAGCGGCUGUAACGUUGUGAAAAGCUCUGUGAUCAAAUGUUUGUUAAAUAAAAUAUUACUGUUAAUAUCUGA